AUGAUUUCCUCAACAAUCUUCCUGGGCCUCCUGGGCCUCGCAGCCGCAUCACCUCUGGCCCCUAGACCUGGAUAUGUCGAGCCACAUAUUGUCACAAACCCUCGCUACCCCGACCGCUCAACAUCAACGGGCUUCAAGCUCAUCGUCAACGUCACAGACCACUCAAAGGACUUUGACCCUCCCAUCAACAACUAUGAGAUCACCACCAUUCACGUUGGUGCCGGCCUGAGCCUGGUCGGUGUGGUUGAGCAGGACGGCCGCGUCUUCUACCAAAACGGUACAAAGGACCAGCGACAAGAUGGCGAGGCCACUGUCCUCACUGACGGCGGUACUCCCCUCACUCCUGCCGGCCUGGCCAUCCAGCAAAACAAGGAGAACAAGCAACUCUACGACGCCUCACUCAACUUUGGCCCUGGCACACCAGGUGUUCAGCUGAACGCUCUCGACGAUCCCUACACCUACAUGCUCCCCGAGACCUUUGUUGCCUGCGACGAGAGCCUGGAAUACUACCAGGGCAAGCACUUCAUCGUCAUCAAGCAGGCCCGUCUCUCGAUCGACGAGAACAACGAGAUUCAACGCAACAUCCCCGAUGGCUGUGCUCCCAUCCGUCUGGUUCCCCAGUGUGCCGAGCUGGAGGAGGUUCCUGAGGGAUCUUACUCGAGCCACGAGUUCGCCCUCGACUCGAAGUGCUACGAUGAUGUCGCCAAGAUCAAGUGGGAGCAGUACAGUCCAUAG